UCGAUCUCUCCAAUCCUUUGCUUGUUUUAACAAGCCUGAGCGCGUCCUGGUUGAUCAGGUGCGUAGCUAGCUCCGGGCCCAGGCCAGGCGCCAUGAGCUCGUCGAUGGCUGGGGCGAGCGCGGGAGGAAGCGGAGCCGGCGGCAGCAGCGGUGCAGGGGCCGGAGCAGGAGUCGGUGGCGGCAGCGGCGGCGGAGGGCCUUGCGGGGCGUGCAAGUUCCUGCGGCGCAAGUGCGUGAGCGGGUGCAUCUUCGCGCCCUACUUCGACUCGGAGCAGGGCGCGGCGCACUUCGCGUCGGUGCACAAGGUGUUCGGCGCCAGCAACGUGUCCAAGCUGCUGCUCCAGAUCCCGCCCCACAAGCGCCUGGACGCCGUCGUCACCGUCUGCUACGAGGCCCAGGCGCGCCUCCGCGACCCCAUCUACGGCUGCGUCUCCCACAUCUUCGCCCUCCAGCAACAGGUAUGCACGACGGUGCUCGUGGAGUAG